GUUUUGUCUCGGUAAUGUGAUAACUGUGACUCCAUCCAUUGGUGUUUUACCGACUGUUAAUAGCAUCCAUCGCUGUUUUACCGCCUGUUAACAGCAUUCAACGGUGUUUUACCAUUUGUUAACAGCAUCCAUCGGUGUUUUGCCAUAUUAACAGCAUCCAUAGUUAUUUUACAACUGUUAACAGCAGUCAUAGUUAUUUUACAACUCUUAACAGCAGCCAUAGUUAUUUUAAGGGCUGUUACAUUGGCGAUCUACAGCAUUGUAUAGAGAUGUGGCGUACAGGAGCUACUCGGGACUAAAAGAUCUUUAGUUUUUGUUGUGUUAAAAAUAUUGAACAAAGAAUUACCUGAAGGUCCGCGACCAUAUCAUGGCGUCUAAGGUAGGCCGCGUCAACAGGUGUCAUCUGGGCAAUGCUGCAACAGGACCAACGCCAGAAGAACGUCUGCAAAAACUCAACGAAGCCAUCAGCGCCAUUACCACUGACGAUGUUCGCACCGUGGUAUCAUGUAUCCCCGGCAACAUAGAAGUGGGGGCAGUAUACCAGCUAGUGUUGGGGGCCUCAUCUGAAGGCCGACCUCGCAGGGUGAGCGCCACCUUACUCCACCUCGCCCUCUACCACACCGCCUUCCACUGUGCCAAGCUCCUCCUCCACCUGGGCGCCUCCACUGAGGCCCAGGAGAGUCAACUAGGUGACCGGGCACUACACUGUGCGGUGAGGGUCGGCAACUACCACCUGGUGAUGAUGUUAUUAGACUACGGUGCCUCCCCCACUUCCGUCAACGCCUCCCUAGACACCCCGCUCCACCUGGCGGCAGAGAAGGGCCUCGUUCACGUAGUCAGGAGCUUGUUGGACGCCGGCGCCCAUCACGACACCAGGAACAGGUACCAAGAGACGCCUUGGGAUGCAGCCGUGUUGUCUGGGUCACCAUCGUCCCUUGUCUGCGCUGACCUUAUCCUCACACAACACUUGAACGAAAACGACGAAAAACUGUAGCAAAGCCACCAUAUGUGUGUGUGAAGAUCCAUAAGGGCUGUAUGAACCAUUAAAUAGUGUUUAGACCAUAAAUGGAGCUACAUGAACCACUAGAUAUUUUUAACUCAAGUGACAUGUCAACAAACAAAUGGAUGAGGUCAUUAGUCACGAGGUUGUCGGAUAAUCUUUGUAGAAAUUACUAAAAGCGUUUUGCUCUUACAUACAAAAAUUAUAAUAUUAUUUUCUAUUAAAUUACAACUUUAUUAAUGGGUUGAAUUAUGAGAUUUUGAAUGAUAUUAAUUUUAUCGAUAUGACUUAUUUUAAGAUAUUUAUGUACAAGUAUUAUAAUGUGGCAACAAUGAUUCACUGUUGCUGAAGGCAAGAAUUAAAUCAUCUAAAUGAAGUUAUCUGUAAACAUAUUUACAUGUGUAUGAGGCUAGUUUGAAUGAAAAUGAUUUUCUUAAAGUACGAGAGAAAUAUGUUUCAAUAUGUAGAAAUGUGACUCUGAUGACUGGGAGUUAUGUACACUGUUUAUGUUCUGUUAUAUAACAAUGUGAGGAAGGCGUGUCACGUUACCCAACGGGAAGAAGAAACACCAUUAUCAGAGGAGUGUGAACAUAACGUGGAUGAGUACGAUGAAAACGAGCUGAAGUCCUCUUGCCAUUGUGAGAAGGCGAAUGAAGCAACUAACCUAUAAUAAAGAGUGGCUCAAGGUCUACAGGGGAUCACCGUAGAGCCCAUACUCUUCUUUAAUGUUUUGGGCUUGAUGGUUCAGUCUUCCCUCGGCACCAAUUUAUUGCUUUUUAAGGUUUGUCGAGAACAACAUAAUGAGCCGGCGAUUUGUGCCAACUUAUCAUCUUACCCUGAUAAGCAAGCGUCAGUCCAACAAGUUGUCACCAUCAUCAACAUGUAUUCUUCACUGAUGACCAACAUCCCAGCUGUGUUCUUUGUGCUCUUCCUGGGCUCUUGGAGUGACAUACAUGGGCGGAAAAUACCUAUGAUAGUUCCUUUAGUUGGGAAUUGCCUUGCUACAAUGUUAUACUUAGUGAAUGCAUUAUGGAUAGAACUUCCUUCAAUGUAUAUCUUACUCACUGCUGUUCCUCAAGCCUUAACUGGUGGCUUCAUCACCCUCUUGAUGGCAGCCUACUCAUACAUGGCUGACAUAACCAAAUUUCGGGCAAGAACUAUGCGUAUUGCUUUCCUGGAUUUAGGAUUUGGCUUAGCAUCUCCCAUUGGACUUUUACUGAGUGAUUAUCUGUUUUAUCGUCUUGGAUAUGCUGGAGUUUAUGGAUUCAGUGGCUUAUUUUUCUUAUUUGGGAUAAUAUAUACUAUUAUACGCAUUGAAGAUACGCGUGGUCCCUUCUCAAAAUACCAACCAGAAACUUGUGAGUUGACUCACAGACCUGGGAACAGGUUCAGAGAUAUCUUUAACACCAAGAAUGUCAAGGAAACAUUUGCUGUUGUCAUGAAGUCACGACCAGACAGAGGACGGGCAAAAAUCCUUUUAUUAAUGACAGCCAUGUGCCUACUGUUGUUUAGUUUUGGUUCAAGUAAUUUCUCAUACCUGUAUGUGAAGUGGAAAUUUGGAUGGGAUUACAACCAGUAUGUUCAUCUAAACCUGGUGGAGACCCUUGUGAGCCUUGUUGCAAUGACUGUCAUCCUGCCAUUACUCAGCUAUCGACUACAAGUAGAAGACUCCUUGUUGGCACUGCUGGGCUGUGUUUCAAAAAUUUGCAGCCUCAUUAUACAAGGGAUUGCACUUUACCCAUGGUAUCUCUACUUAAGUAGUGUUGUUGCUUGUGUAGGAGGACUACCAUUAAUUAUCACUCGCUCCUUUAUCAGCAAGUCCGUUCCUCAAAGGGAGUUAGGAAAGGUUUUUUCUAUUUUGGCCUCGUGGGAAUCCAUCCUGCCCCUGCUGUCACACCCUUUGUAUACACUUGUGUAUAAUGCCACCGUAAGAAGUUUCCCUGGUACCAUGUACUUCAUGACUGCAAUUUUCCUUACUGUUGCUGCACUUAUAUACAUAUGGCUAUUCUUCAACAGAACAAGUACAUCAGCAACACCCCACAUUCAUGAAGACAAUAUUUCUGAAAUAGAAUCAUGAAUUUACCAAAAGAUAUGAUGAGACCAUAUCAUUCUUGGUCAGAUUUAUUUCCUGAGAAGCCUCCAACCUCAAUGUAAAGCUUGUUGAAUUUAUCAAAAACGUUCACUAGUACUCACAUAGACACACUAUUCCUGAUUAGAGACCGAGGGUAAGCAUAAACAAAGGACGCUCCUGGAAAUAAGCAUCUACCAACAUUGUCGGUUAUCCUUGGUCAAGUUGCCUUACUGUUUACUCUCUUUGUCACCACACAGUUGGUGUGAUGGCUAUUGUAGAUGUACAGGGUGUUAUAAAAGUCCCUGUGCACCUGCAACAAAAAAGUUAUUUAUACCUUGUUCUACUUAUAGUAAAUGUGUACAAUACUG